GCAGUCAUCCGAAUUGUUGGAACUGUGUUUACUUAUUACUUCACUUAUUUGUAACUAACUUAAGUAAUAGUUAUUAUAACUAAAAUGCAAAGCAUGACAUACGAAUAAGAAGAUUUUUACACUUUUAAAUGUAUAGAUACUGUGUCAAUGUCUAAUAAAUUCUUAAAAUAUUUCAUUUAAGUAUUUAUAACAAACCUAACAAACGUAGCUAAGUUUGAAAGUUGUGCAAAAAAAUAAAUGUUAGAAUAUCAGGGCGACAGAGGUAUGAUAAUGGCUGAUAGUGUUCUCCGAAUGCAAGAAAACAAUGCAAAAUCCGUGAGAGAGGGCGAAGCGGCGCGCGCGCUGCACGACCGGCUCGUGGCGUACGCGCACUUCGUGGCCGGAGAUCCGGAGAGCCGGUCCGGCGUGUGCAGCGAGCACUCGUACGCGCGCGUGCGCGAGACGGGCGGCGCGGGCGCGGGGGCGGGGGCGGAGAUGCGGGAGCUGCUGUCGGCCGCCCCGCCGCCCUCGCCCCCCGCGCCGCUCGACGUCGAGCACGUGUCCGGAUGCGCGCCGCCCGACCUGUCGCUCGCCCCGCACCUCGACCACGAGAGCGACGCCGAGGAAGACGACGACGCCGACGAGGAGGAUGUGUGGGAGGAGCGCGUGACCGCUCAGGCGCCGAGUGCGGCACACGCGCGGCUCGCACAGGCCGCGAUAGACGUGUUGCGUGAGCUCCGACUGACUCGGCUGGCGCACGCGGGGACGGCGGCGCGGGGUUGCGGGGCGCUAGUGCGGCGUGAGCAGGCGCGGGCGGCGGCGCGACGGCUGCGGCGCGAGCUGGCUCCGCUGUGGGCGGGCGGGCGCGCGGCGGGCUGGCUGCACGGCGCGCUGUGCGGGGCGCUGCCGCGGUGCGAGCGCACGCUGUACGAGGAGGUGGUGGCGGAGCUGCGGCGGUCGGUGCCGCGGCUGGCGGAGCGGCUGUCGCCGGGCGGGGGCGCGGGGUCGGGCGCGGUGGCAGAGCGCGCCGUGCGCUGGCUGCGGCACCUGCGGCCGCUGCUAGCGACGCGCGAGCUGCGGGCGGUGCCGGGGGAGCGGCGGCUGGUGCCGGAGCGGUGGUGCGCGGCGAGCGCGGCGGCGGCGCGGGCCCAGCUGGAGGAGCUGCUCGCAGACGCCGGACAGCGGCUGGUGGUGCUGGGCGGGUGCGGAGCGGGCGCGGCGCUGGCGGCGGCGCUGGCGGCGGGUGCGGGGGGCGCGACGGGCGCGGGGGGCGCGACGGGUGCGGGGGGCGCGGUGCGGGCGCUGCUGCUGCUGGCGCCGCCGCUGCUGACGGCGGAGGGCCCGCGCGACGACCCCGACGACAUCCUGCACGAGUUGAGGCUGCCGAUGCUGGUGGUGUGCGGCAGCGGGGCGGCGGCGUGCGGGCGCGGCGCGGCGGCGGAGCUGUGCGACGAGUGCGCGCGCUGGGUGCGGGAGCUGCAGCAGGAGCGGCGCGAGCGCGAGGAGCGCGGCUGUCGGGUGGCGGGAGGUGCGCUCGGUGCGGUCGCACGCUUGUCUUUAGAUGAGCGCUCGCGGGGCGUUCCGGGCGCGGCGACACGUGUCCGCUGCGGGCGGCCGGCUCACCGUCCCUCUGUUGCAGGCGCCGAGCCGGCGGAGGAGCGGACCUCGCCCUCGCCGCCCGCGCCCCCCGCCACGCCGCCCCCCGCGCCCCCCGCCGCGCUGCCAGUCGGAGAACGCAUGUGCAGGACGCGCGUGGUGUCGCGCGCGCUGGGCGGCACGCCGCUCGCGCUGCCGCCGCCGCUCGGGCCGCGCCGCCCGCCCGCACCCCCCGCACCCGGCGCGCCCCCCGCACCCGGCGCACCCCCUGCGCCCACCGCGCCCACCGCGCCCCCCGCGCUCGACGCCGCGGACAUCCUGCAGCUGCCCAUCGUGUUCGCGGACGACGAGCCGCCCGCCUUCGCGCCCGCAGGCGCGCGCGGCCGACUGACGCGCGUCAUCGUGGCGCGGCGCGCGCGCUCCGGCGCCCCGCGCCGCGGCCCCCGCCCCGCGCGCCCCGUGCGCCCCGCGCCCCACGCGACCCCGCACUAG